AUGAAAUCACAAUUUGUCGAGGCGCAGUCGAAAGAAGUUGUCAAUCAAAAAACUCAAGAGGAAGAGGAAGAAAAUACUGAAGAAGUAAUUGAUAAUUUAAAAUUUACAUUUGACCACACUUUAAAAAAGAAAAAAACAAACAAAUCAAAAGUAACAUUUAAAGACGAUGAACAAAAUGACGAAGAGAAAGAGAAAAAUCUAGAAAAUAAAAAAGGUUCGUUUCUUGAUAAUUGUAAUAAAGAUAAAGCUGAAGAGGUUGUCGUAGAUGGUGGUGAAGUUGGUGAUUUAUCAUCUACUAAAAAGAAAAGAAAGAAGAAGACAGCAGAUCUGGCAGAUUUUGAAAAACAAUUAAAAGAGGAUGAUGAUGAAAAGUCAGACGAAGAUAUAUUUGCACAAGAAGCUGAACAAAAUGAAACAGAAGUAAAAGAAAUUAAAGAAGAAUGGCACGAUUCAAAUCGUGAUUAUACAUAUCAAGAACUCUUAAGAAGAGUGUUCCAAAUACUUCGUCAAAAUAAUCCUGAACUUGCAGGCGAAAAGAAAAGAUACACAAUUGUUCCUCCAUCAGUACAUCGUGAUGGAAAUAAAAAAACAAUAUUUGCCAAUGUUUCUGAUAUUUGUAAAAGGAUGCAUAGACAACCUGAACAUGUUAUUCAAUUUUUGUUUGCUGAAUUGGGAACAAGUGGAUCGAUUGAUGGAAUGCAAAGACUUGUAAUUAAAGGGCGCUUUCAACAAAAACAAAUUGAAAAUGUUUUACGCCGAUAUAUUGUUGAAUAUGUUACAUGUAAAACAUGUAAAUCACCAGAUACGAUCCUUACAAAAGAAAAUCGUAUUUUCUUUCAACAAUGUGAAAGUUGUGGAUCUACUAGAUCAGUUUCUGCAAUUAAAACCGGUUUCAAGGCACAAACAGAAAAAAGAGCAGCUCAAAGAAGAGCAGUACAAUAA